CAGGCAGGGACUUGGGCCUGGGAGGUCGCGGUGGGGCGAGAGCUGGGCCUGGAGACACCCCUGGGAGGCAACAGCAGGGACUACAGACUCUCUUCUCCAGCCGGAGCUGGGACUGUUCAGGUACUGGGAGGCGGGAUGUGGGUCGGAAGAGCUUGGUUGCAGAAACUUCGGGGUCUACAAACGCAGGCGGGAGCUGAGCCAAAAAAGCUUGUUUGCUGGGAGGCGGGAGAUGCAGCCAGGAGGAACAACUGGGCCUGCAGAGGCCGCCAUGAGGGAGGCAGAGGCCGGGCCUCCUCAAGUCGGCCUCUCCAGACCCACUUGCAGCCUCCCGGCGUCCUCUCCAGGCCCAGCUCUUCCUCCUGGCUGCGUCUCCAGGCCGGACUCUGGCCUCCCAACAACGUCUUUGGACUCAGCUCCUGCCCAGCUCCCGGCGGCCCUGGUAGGCCCACCACUUCCCGAAGCCAAGCUCCCCAGGCUGAGCUCAGGCCUCACGGUGGCCUCUCCAGGCUCAGCUCCUGCCCUCCGAUGGCAUCUGCAGGCCCCAAACGACCUCCGGUCGGUGAGCUCCUCUAGGCCCAGCUUGGGCCUCCCGGCGGCCUCUGCAGGCCCAAAUCGUCCCAAAGUCGGCCUCUCCAGGCCCAGCUCCGGCCUCCCAGUAGCCUCUGCAGGCCCAAGUCCUCCUCAAGUCGGUCUGGAAUUGGACCUGGAAGAGCAGCAAGUCGGCCUCCCCGGGCCCAGCUCCGUCCUCUCGGCGGCCUCUCCAGGUGCAAAACUUCCUCGAGUCAGCCUCUCCAGGCCCAGCUCCUCCUGCCUCCCAGUGGCCUCUUUCAGCCCAGCCCAGCUCCUGCCUCUCGGCCGCUUCGGCAGGCCCAGCUCCCGCCUGCCAGUGGCCUCUUUAGGCCCAGCUCAUUCCUCACAACGGCCUUCCCAGGCCCCGUUUUUCCCUUCCGGCAGCCUCUUGGCCUCUAAUUUAUCUAUCUUUUGUGUAUAAAUCCCAAAAUAUUGAAUUUUGGAAUAUUUCCACCAUUAUAUAAAUAUUUUACUAGGUAAUUUAUUUGGAGUGAGUUUCUGCACCAAGCCCGAAUUUUUUAUUUUAUUUUCCUUAUUAUUUGGUGUUAAACAGGUUUAAUGACAGUCAUGGCAACUUUUUGGCACAAUGAAAAAUAUCGCCCAUGA